AUGGAGGACAAAGAGACAGGCCGUCUCUCCGCAGAUGCCGAUGGCCCAACUUUCUCUCCCAUAACAGCUUCGUCCGAGAAGGACCACGGCGAAAAUCAUCUGCAAAAAACCAAAUCUCAAGCUUCCCUGAAUAUCCAACGGUCAAUCUCGCGCACAGACGGAUACAGUAUCACCGCUCCAGAAGAUGACGAGGAGGAAGAGCAGCAGCAGCAGCAGCAAGAACCAGAAAAUGCAGAGACGACGGCGGAACUGGUGGUGAAAUGGGACGAGAACGACCCUGAAAACCCGAAGAAUAUGAAUUAUGCGAGAAAAUGGGCAAUUUGCUUGGUUGUGUGUUUGGGCUCCGUUUGUGUCCAAAUAACCAAGGAAUUCCACUGCUCCGAUGAGGUCGCAACGCUCGGCUUGACGUCGUUCAUUUUUGGGCUUGGCGUUGGGCCGUUGUUUCUAGCCCCUUUGUCGGAAUUCUUUGGUCGCCGUAUCAUCUAUAUCGCUUCGUUUUCGUUUUAUGUCAUCUGGAUGAUUCCGUGCGCAGUGGCGCAAAAUAUACAAACCUUGAUUGUUGUGCGGUUUUUUGGCGGGCUUUCCGGUGCGGCUUUCCUGAGCGUCGCCGGCGGCACCGUGGGUGAUAUGUUCCAUCGCCAUGAGCUGGCGGCGCCGAUGAUGGUGUUUACGGCGAGUCCAUUUUUUGGUCCUCAGAUUGGUCCUUUGGUUGGAGGUUUCAUCAAUCAAUACACCACUUGGCGAUGGACGUUUUAUACCUUGCUUAUUUGGUCUGGAGUCCAGUUAAUUGUGAUAUUUUUCCUCGUCCCCGAAACCUAUCACCCAGUACUUUUGAAACGUAAAGCUAUCAGACUCCGCAAAGAAACCAGGGAUCAGAGAUAUUACGCUCCCAUCGAGAAACUGGACAGAUCUGUCGCUCAGACUGUAAUACGUUCUUGCUACCGGCCCAUGUUGCUUCUCACCCAGGAGCUGAUGGUUUUGUGUCUGUGUCUGUACUCGGCCAUCCUAUUGGGUAUUCUAUACAUCUUCUUCGGCGCAUUCAACCUAGUCUUUACCGAGGUGUAUGAUUUCAAACUGUGGCAAGUCGGAUGCACUUUUCUGGGAAUUUCCGUUGGAAUGAUGGUGGCUGUUUCGACAGAUCCGUUGUGGCGGAAGAACUACCUUCGCUUGCAGCGCAAUCACGAGAACGCGGUGGGCGAGAAGGGAGAGACGAUGCCCGAAUGGCGUCUUCCCCCAGCAAUUGCAGGCGCUCCUCCCGUGACGAUUGGCAUCUUCAUUUUCGCCUGGACAGCGUAUCCGCAUAUCCCCUGGAUCGCGCCGGUUAUUGGGACGGCGGUGUUUGGAAUGGGUGUCAUUCUCGUCUAUUCGGGUAUCUUCACGUUCCUGGUUGAUGCGUACCCUGAAUUUGCAGCGAGUGCGCUGGCCGCCAACAGCUUUGCUCGAUCGAGCUUUGCUGGCGUCUUCCCUCUAUUUGGAACGUACAUGUAUAACCGACUCGGGAUUCAAUGGGCGUCUUCAUUAUUGGCGUUUUUGACAUUGGCCAUGGUUCCAUUUCCGUAUAUAUUCUUCCGAUACGGCAAACAACUACGCCAGAGGAGUAAAUUUGCGACUUCUCUGAUAUAA